AUGCGGGAUGCCGAGUGGCUGGCCCGGAAGCUGCUGCGCUGCAAGGCCUUUCCAAACCCAGACGGCUCAAAAGCGUGGGACCGGGACGUGACGCAGCUGGGGGGCGAGGUGCUGCUGGUGUCGCAGUUCACGCUGCACGCGCGGUUCAAAAAGCCUCGGCCAGAUUUCAGCAAAGCCAUGGGCCCUGAGGCGGCGCGUGAGUUCUACGCGGGCUUCCUGGCCCUGGUGCGCUCCAUGUAUUCGGAAGACCGCGUGAAGGACGGCCGCUUUGGCGCCAUGAUGCAGGUCGCGCUGGUCAACGGUGCGGAUCUUGGGUGA